AGUUGUUCACAUUUGUUAUCCGAGGCUAAAAGUAUAUAAUGCAGCACAGAUGAUUUUUUUGAAUAGCAAACUAUGAGUGAGACGGUUGGUCGAUGGAAUAAGUCAUGUGUCAUAUGCAAGCGGUUGGAUGGGAAGGUGGUAAUCGUUACAGGAUCUAGUACUGGAAUUGGUCUGUGCACAGCCGGUGAGUUAGCACGUCGUGGUGCAACAGUUAUUAUGGCCUGUCGUAAUAUGGAGAAAGCUGAGUCGGCAAGGAAACGACUUCUGGAAAAAUAUAGUGUGAGCAAUCCCAACUGUGUGAAGACUGAUGUGGCGAGUGAUAAGGUGAUCUCAUCAUUAACUCCCAUCACGGCUAAUCAGCUAAUCAUUGAACAACUCGAUUUAGCUUCACUGAAAUCAGUCAAAGGAUUUGCGAUCAGGAUUAACAGUCAAUACACACAACUGCAUUACCUGAUCAAUAACGCUGGAAUUUUGUCAUCCAAAUACAAAAAGACAGAAGAUGGCUUCGAAAUGACAAUGGGAGUAAAUUAUUUCGGUCACUUUCUACUCACCGAGUUGCUUCUGCCGUUACUGAAAGCCUCUGCACCAUCGAGAAUAAUAAAUGUCUCAUCUAUGGGUCAUUAUUAUGGUCGAAUAUACAAACCAGAUUUACAGAGUAGUGAGGGUGGUUUUUCUGUAUAUUGUGCCUCUAAAUUGGCGAAUGUCCUACAUGCGUAUGAACUGAACAAGCGUUUGGAAGGUACAGGUGUAGUUGCAGUCAGUCUGCAUCCAGGAACUGUGAAUACUGAACUUCAAAGGGAUUAUUCUUCUUUUGCUGUGAAUCUGUUCAAACCAUUAUCGAAACCGUUUUUCGUUACUCCAUGGAAAGGUGCACAAACAACGAUAUACACAGUGUUGACAGAUAACUUAGUCCCAGGUGGUUAUUAUACAAAUUGCACCCUGAAAAGACCUUCGAGUAAAGUGAAAGAUGAUUCAGAAAGGAAAUGGUUUUGGAAUCGGACAUGUGAACUGCUAAGUAUCGAAUGUAAUGGAUGAAGCAGUUGAAUUUAUCACCUGUAGUUGGUCAGUCGCUUGACAGUGAUUAUGAAGGAAUGAAAUAUUGUAACCAUUGUACUUCUAAACACUGGUGACAUUUUGAUUCAAUUUCUGUAAAAUUAACGUGUGACCUUCUUAUAUUUGUUAUCUGGAUGUUA